CACUUUGACAGCCCCACUCCGUUCUGCAAGGAGACGGCUGAUAAGAUAGCCACGGUGUGUGCCGAGGAGAAGUCAGCCACGCUGUCUAACCUGGCCCACAUGAUGAGCCUGUACAGCACACACAGCUACUCCAGAGACUGCACCAACUGGAUCAACGUGGUGUGUCGUUACCUACAUGACGCCUUCGCUGAGAUCACCUUCAAUCUGGUCACAUACCUGGCCGAGGUAAGCACCCGCAACACCAGGCUUUCAUAGCAGUAAUGAGGAGAAUCAAAUCUGCCAACUUAUUACAUAGUCAGCCUACAUUACAACCACUGGUUAACCUCCAUUUACAGUAGCUUGUGUUUUUUUUAUUAUGACAAGUCAGCAGAGUUGAUUAUUGAUCAGCUGGUAAUCAGAUGUCCAACAUCUAACCCAUGCCAGCUGCUGUGAGAGACAGUUCCUAACCCUUCCUCUCUCACCCCCAGCUGCUGGAGAAAGGCCUACCCAGCAUGCAGCAGUCCCUGCUACAGAUCAUCUACAGCCUGCUGAGUCACAUUGACCUGUCGGCUGCACCUGUCAAACAGUUCAAUCUGGAGAUCAUGAAGAUCAUCGGCAAAUAUGUCCAGGUGAGACCUGGUUUCGCCCUUUAG